GAAAUCUUUCAUCAACUUGAUAUUCUCUCUAUAACUUCUAAUUUAUUCUCUUAGGCAAAACACAAAUUCCUUAUUAUUUCAAUCCAAGAAGUGAGUAGGAUUAAUGGCAUCAAGGAGAAUUCACAAGGAACUAAGGGAGUUACAAAGAGACCCUCCUACUUCAUGUAGUGCAGGUCCUGUGGCUCAGGAUAUGUUUCAUUGGCAAGCAACCAUUAUUGGCCCAAAUGACAGCCCUUAUGCAGGUGGUGUUUUUCAUGUGGCCAUCCAUUUCCCCCCUGAUUACCCUUUCAAACCCCCCAAGGUGGCUUUCAAGACCAAAGUUUUCCACCCAAAUAUAAACAAUAAUGGAAAUAUUUGUUUGGACAUUCUUAAGGAUCAAUGGAGUCCUGCCCUCACCAUAUCCAAGGUUUUGCUAUCCAUAUGUUCACUGCUAACAGAUCCAAAUCCAGAUGAUCCAUUGGUAUCAGAAAUUGCUCAUAUGUACAAGACUGAUAGAAACAAGUAUGAAUCAGUGGCUCGCAAUUGGACUCAAAAAUAUGCUAUGAAAACUUAUUGUAUCUUCAGUGGAAUUGAGGAUCAUUUCAAGUGA